AAUGUUAAAAAGAGAAGAUGUCCAGAGAGCGAAUAUUUGACAGCGGGCUGACAACUCUAGUGGAUGAUAAUCAUAAUUCUUGGAAGCAUGGAUUGCUCGGAGCCUCUCAGCACCCUUGCAUGAAAUUUGAUUCGGAAGUAGUUGAUGAUCUUACAGAUUUUCUGACCAUUGAAAGUGGGUCGAUAGCACAGGAUUUAACAGUUAGGAAUAUUCAGCGAGGACGAGAUACCGGAACAGGAACUUAUUCUCAGUAUAGGGAGAUGUGUGGACUUUCUCCUCUUACAUCGUGGGAAGCUCCUCCUCCUGAAAUUUCUGCUGAAUUCUGGGCUAGAUUCAAGUCCCAGUAUGCAUCACCUACUGAAAUAGAUGUAUAUAUUGGGAUGUUAACAGAAAACGUUGAAUCUGGAGUCGUUGGUCCAACUAUACAAUGCAUUCUAGAAAAGCAGUUUUUAAAUUUGAAAACAGGAGACAGAUUUUUCUUCACUCACGUUAACGGCACAGGAAGUAGGGGGCUUCAAUCCAAAGCAAAAAACACAGUUAGGAAAAGAAAUAUGGGAGAUUUAUUUUGCGACAAUUUGGGUAUUCCUAGCGUUACUUCCGAUGUAUUUAAAGAACCUGGACCAGAAAACAGUCUUAAACCCUGCACUGAAAGUAAUAAGUUGAACUUUGAUGACAUUGUUUCUGAAAUAUUCAAGGAAUAUGGAAUAGCGGCUCCAGAAGAAGGUUCUAAGGGGUCUCUUUCUUCAAAUAGUACUUCUCCUUCUAACUCAUCUGCGUUGGAUAGCUCCAAACCAUUAUCAGAUUUGCCAGCACAAAAUGGCCCUGCAAAUUUCUCUCUGCCCUCUGUGGAUUCUUCAGCAAUAAAUAGCACUGCACCAAAUAGUUCUGCACCUUCUGCAGAUUUAUCUUCACCUCCUGUUGAUGCACCAAUGCCAAAUAGCCCUGCACCAUCUGCAGAUUCACCUGCACCUUCUACAGGUACAUUAAAUAGUUCUUUGUCUUCUGCUGAUUCACCUGCACCAAAUGAUUCUUUGCAACCAGAUGAUUCUUCUGCGCCUUCUGGUGAUGCACCUGUACCACAUGGUUCUUUACCCUCCGAUAACUUGUCCAAACCACAAAGCCCUGCACCUUCUGGCAAUGCACCUGUUCCGAACAGUUCUAUACCCUCCGAUAACUUGUCCAAACCACAAAGCCCUACACCUUCUGUCAAUGCACCUGUUCCGCACAGUUCUAUACCUUCAGAUAACUUGUCUGCACACCAAAGCAGUACACAGUCUAAUGAUGUGCCUGGGCUUUCAUUUAGGGCAGAUACUGAAGAUUCUACUUCAACUGUAGAAAAUGUUCCCACACAUGUUGGAUCAGAUGCAAACUAUGAAUCUUCUACAGAACCAAGUCCUGGAACACCAAAUGGGGAUUUCUCAACUCCAUUGUCAGGAUAUACUCCUCAGGAGGCAAAUUCAGCAGCACCCACUUCUGAACCAAUCAUGCAUACAGCUUCUCCAGGAAUGCCAACUCCUGAUGCAGGAAUGACUACUCCUGAUACAGGAAUGACAAUUCUUGAUACAGGAAUGAAAACUUCUGAUGCAGGAAUGAAAACUCCUUAUGCAGGAAUGGCUCCUCCUGACUCAGGAAUGGCUACUCCUGAUACAGGAAUGACAACUCCUGAUACAGGAAUGACUAAUCCUCACACAGGAAUGUCUACUUCUGAUGCAGGAAUGACUACUCCUAAUACGGGCAUGACUACUCCUUACACAGGUAUAGUUGAUAUAGGAAUGGUUACUCCAGGUGCAGAAUCAACUUCACUGACUACAUCUUUGAUCACUCCCUCCCCAACGACAAAUUCUGGACCCACUUCUUCUACACAAGGUUAUGGGUCUCCUACUCCUUAUGCAGGUUCAGCUCCCCCACCUCCUCUACAACAACAUGCUGUUUCUUCUCUUAACACAGAAUCAGCUGCUCCUCCUCCUACGGAAGGAUUUACUCCUGCUCCUACGCCUUCUGUUGAUAAAGGUUCAACUCUAGGAUAUGCUGCUCCUUCUCCUGAUUCAGGAUCUUCUGCUAUUCCUUCUCCCAUGCAUGUUCCCCCUUCCACUCAAGAAAAUUCUCCUGAUUCAGCUGCUCCAACACCUAAUGUGGAUGCAGGUUCAACUCAAGGAUAUGCUGCUCCUUCUCCUGAUUCAGGAUCUUCUGCUAUUCCUCCUCCCAUGCAUGUUCCCCCUACCACACAAGAAAAUUCUCCUGAUUCAGCUGCUUCAACACCUAAUGUUGAUGCAGGUUCAACUCAAGGAUAUGCUGCUCCUUCUCCUGAUUCAGGAUCUUCUCCUAUUCCUCCUCCCAUACAUGUUCCCCCUACCACUCAAGAAAAUUCUCCUGAUUCAGCUGCUUCAACACCUAAUGUUGAUACAGGUUCAACUCAAGGAUAUGCUGCUCCUUCUUCUGAUUCAGGAUCUUCUCCUAUUCCUCCUCCCAUAUAUGUUCCCCCUUUCACUCAAGAAAAUUCUGCUCCUACUCCCAUCGCUCAUUCAGCUUCACCUCCUCCUGAUCAAGGGUAUGGUGCUGAAACAAAUGCAUCUCCUUAUCCACCGGGAUAUGCUUCCUCUGGUGCUGGUUCUCAUCCACCUGCACCUGGACAUCAUUCUCCUGAAGCUGGUUUGGUCCCUGGAUCUGGGUAUGGGCAAUCUCAAAUGUCGGAUACUACACCUUCCACUACCACCACACUAGAUCAAUAUUGGAAUACAGCUUUCAGAGGGGCUUUAUCUUUCCGUUAAAUUUUGUAAUCUAUAAUUGUAUAGUUCAAAUAUAUGUGGAGAUAAUUAAA